AUGAGACUUCGACCGUCCGGGGGAAGUACUGUCCUGCCGCCGCCGAAUAUUCCUCUGGAGCUCCGCGUCGUGGUGACAAAUCCGAGGCGCCGCAAAAGGGGCAGGAGAGGUGGAAUACACCGGAGACUUAAACGCAUGAGUCUACAGGACCGCCGCAAGUUGCCGGCUCUCCCCACGGUCUUGCUUGGAAAUGUCCAGUCGAUCCGAAACAAGUUGGACGAGUUGGAGGCCUGGACCACGCUCAGGCAGGAGAUCAAAAAUGCCUGCCUCCUUGUCUUCACGGAAUCCUGGCUCAGUGAAUCAGACCGGGAUGAGGACCUGACGCUCACGGGGUUCGGGGCCCCGCUGAGGCUGGACCGUAACAAGGAAGUGACCAACAAACAGCGCGGCGGCGGUGUUUGUUGCUACGUGAACAAGAGCGUGAGUUCCAACAGCUGUUUUUCACAAUCUGUUACAUUCAUCCGCGCGCUGAUGCUGUCGCCGCGGUACAGCUGA